CUUCAGGUUCAGUGCACACAAAAACCCUAUUACCAUGGAACCUUUCACUGCUUCCAGUCUAUCAUAAGGCAAGAAACUGUAUUUGGACUAUAUAAGGGCAUUGGUUCCCCAUUGAUGGGGUUGACCUUUAUUAAUGCAGUUUUAUUUGGAGUACAGGGAAAUACAAUACGCAUUUUAGGGGAGGACAAUGCCUGGAAUCAGUUCCUUGCAGGUUGUGCUGCUGGUGCAAUUGAGAGUUUUAUCUGCUGCCCUAUGGAGCUGGCAAAAAUCCGAAUGCAGCUUCAGGGAACAGGAGAAGUCAAGUCAAAAUCCAAAGUUUAUAAGAAUUCAUGGGACUGCCUCACCAAAAUCUAUCGAAAAGAAGGGAUUCGAGGAAUGUAUAGAGGCAUGACAGCCACAUUCAUUCGAGAAACUCCAGCCCUUGGUGUCUAUUUCCUCACAUAUGACUGUCUGACUAGAUAUCUAGGCUGUGAGCCAGAGGACAGCUAUAUUAUUCCCAAGUUACUGUUUGCUGGUGGCAUGGCUGGUAUAACAUCUUGGUUGUCAACAUUUCCUGUUGAUGUUAUCAAGUCCCGCCUUCAGCUUGAUGGAGUCACAGGAGUAAACCAUUACUGUGGAAUGAUGGACUGUGUGAGACAAAGUUACAAAAAGGAAGGCAUGAGGGUAUUUGCACGGGGUCUUACUUCAACCCUUCUUAGAGCAUUCCCUGUCAAUGCUGCUACAUUUUCUACCGUUACAGUUUUCCUAAUGUACAUGAGGGCAGGAGAGGAUGCUGUUGAGUGUAAACACAUACAAACCAUUCAGGAAGUUUCAGGGCUGUAA